GAUUUUUUUUUUUUUUUCUCCAGCCGAGAGGACGCGGCUGUGAUAACGAAGAUCUUGUGUGGACAGUAAUGACCGCACGUUUCCGAUUGCCUGCUGGCAGAACCUACAAUGUCCGAGCAUCGGAGUUGGCCCGAGACAGACAGCAUACAGAGGUGGUUUGCAACAUUCUUCUUCUGGAUAACACUGUACAGGCUUUCAGAGUUAAUAAACAUGAUCAGGGGCAAGUUCUGUUGGAUAUAGUCUUCAAGCAUCUUGAUUUGACUGAGAGAGACUAUUUUGGUUUACAGUUGGCUGACGAUUCCACAGAUAACCCAAGGUGGCUGGAUCCAAACAAACCAAUAAGGAAGCAGCUAAAGAAGCUGUUUUUGUUAAUUUUAGGAGGAUCUCCUUACAGUUUGAACUUUAGAGUCAAAUUCUUUGUAAGUGACCCUAACAAGUUACAAGAAGAGUAUACAAGGUAUCAGUAUUUUUUGCAAAUUAAGCAAGACAUUCUUACUGGAAGAUUGUCCUGUCCUUAUAAUACUGCUGCCCUUUUAGCUUCAUUUGCUGUUCAGUCUGAACUUGGAGACUACAAUCAGUCAGAAAACUUGCCAGGCUACCUCUCAGAUUAUUCUUUCAUUCCUAAUCAACCUCAAGAUUUUGAAAAAGAAGUUGCAAAGUUACAUCAGCAGCACAUUGGCUUAUCUCCUGCAGAAGCAGAAUUUAAUUACCUAAACACAGCACGUACCUUAGAACUCUAUGGAGUUGAAUUCCACUAUGCAAGGGAUCAAAGUAACAAUGAAAUUAUGAUUGGAGUAAUGUCAGGAGGAAUUCUGAUUUACAAGAACAGGAUACGGAUGAAUACCUUUCCGUGGUUGAAGAUUGUAAAAAUUUCUUUUAAAUGCAAACAAUUUUUUAUUCAACUUAGAAAAGAAUUGCAUGAAUCUAGAGAAACCCUACUGGGAUUUAAUAUGGUGAAUUACAGAGCAUGUAAAAAUUUGUGGAAAGCGUGUGUAGAACAUCACACAUUCUUCCGCCUGGAUAGACCACUUCCACCGCAGAAGAACUUUUUUGCACAUUAUUUUACCCUGGGUUCCAAAUUUCGAUACUGUGGAAGAACUGAAGUCCAGUCAGUUCAAUAUGGCAAAGAAAAGGCAAAUAAAGACAGGGUAUUUGCAAGAUCUCCAAGUAAGCCUUUGGCACGGAAAUUAAUGGAUUGGGAAGUAGUUAGCAGAAAUUCAUUAUCUGAUGACAGGUUAGAAACACAAAGCCUCCCAUCCCGAUCUCCACCUGGAACUCCCAAUCACCUUUGUUUCUCUUCAUUUAGUCGGAAUUCUGCAUUCACACAAGAGGGGACCCGGGUCCGGCCGUCUUCAGUUGGUCAUUUGGUAGACCAUGUGGUUCACACAUCCCCCAGUGAUGGUUUUGUAAAUCAGAGAUCUCCAUCAUCAACACAAGCUAAUAGCAUAGUUCUGGAAUCAUCACCAUCACAAGAGACCCCUGAAGAUGGGCAGCCUCCAGCUUUACCACCCAAACAAUCUAAGAAAAACAGUUGGAACCAAAUUCAUUUUUCCCACUCUCAGCAAGAUCUAGUAAACCAUACUAAUGAAACCUUUGAUGUGCCCUCCUCCCCUGAAAAGUCCACUCCUAAUGGUGGAAUUCCACAUGAUAAUCUUGUUCUUAUCAAAAUGAAACCAGAUGAAAAUGGAAGGUUUGGGUUCAAUGUAAAGGGAGGAUAUGAUCAGAAGAUGCCUGUAAUUGUGUCCCGAGUAGCACCUGGAACACCUGCUGACCUCUGUGUCCCUCGAUUGAAUGAAGGAGAUCAAGUGGUACUGAUCAAUGGUCGGGACAUUGCAGAACAUACCCAUGAUCAAGUAGUCUUGUUUAUUAAAGCUAGCUGUGAGAGACAUUCUGGGGAACUUGUGCUUUUAGUUCGACCUAAUGCUGUAUAUGAUGUAGUGGAAGAAAAAUUAGAAAGUGAGCCAGACUUCCAGUAUAUUCCUGAGAAAGCCCCAUUAGAUAGUGUCCAUCAAGAUGACCAUUCCCUGCGAGAGUCAAUGAUCCAGCUAGCUGAGGGACUUAUCACUGGAACAGUACUGGCACAGUUUGAUCAACUGUAUCGGAAAAAACCUGGAAUGACAAUGUCUUGUGCCAAAUUACCUCAGAACAUUUCCAAAAAUAGAUACAGAGAUAUUUCGCCUUAUGAUGCUACACGGGUCCUCUUAAAAGGUAAUGAAGACUACAUCAAUGCAAACUAUAUAAAUAUGGAAAUUCCUUCUUCAAGUAUUAUAAACCAGUACAUUGCUUGUCAAGGGCCAUUACCGCACACUUGUAAAGAUUUUUGGCAAAUGACUUGGGAACAAGGCUCCUCCAUGGUUGUGAUGUUGACCACACAAGUUGAACGUGGCAGAGUUAAAUGUCACCAGUAUUGGCCAGAACCCACAGGAAGCUCAUCCUAUGGAUGCUAUCAAGUCACCUGCCACUCUGAGGAAGGAAAUCCUGCCUAUAUCUUCAGGAAGAUGACACUGUUUAACCAAGAGAAAAAUGAGAGUCGUCAACUCACUCAGAUCCAGUACACAGCCUGGCCUGACCACGGAGUACCUGACGACUCCAGUGACUUUCUGGACUUCGUUUGUCACGUCCGGAAGAAGAGGGCUGGGAAGGAAGAGCCGGUUGUUGUUCAUUGCAGUGCUGGAAUUGGAAGGACUGGGGUUCUUAUUACUAUGGAAACUGCCAUGUGUCUCAUUGAAUGCAAUCAGCCAAUUUACCCACUAGAUAUUGUAAGAACAAUGAGAGAUCAAAGAGCCAUGAUGAUCCAAACACCUAGUCAGUACAGAUUUGUCUGUGAAGCUAUUUUGAAAGUCUAUGAAGAAGGCUUUGUUAAACCCUUAACAACAUCAAAUAAAUAAGAAAACAAAACGGUUGGGAUAAGUAUUGGGAAACUGAUUUUUGUUACAUUCAUUUUGCCAUUAUACUGCUUGCAGGAAAUGGCAUCUCACACAAAAAAGUGAAGAACUCAAACAAACUUUGAAAACUUCAGCACUAUUGCACUUUAUGUUUAAAAAAGUCACUCAAAACCUAUAACUCACUAUUUUGACUGUUUUGUGCUUUGCUCUGAACACAUAGUGGAGACUGACUAUGUUCAGGGUAACUUAUGGAAUUCGAGGCGGUGCCAUGCGUCCCCUCUGUAGAAUUGCCCCAGACAAGGCUCAGAAUUCUCAUCUCUGUUACACACCUGUACCUUGAAAGCAAAAAGGAGUAAACAUCAGGAAUCUGCUCUGGUCUUUCCAGUGGUUCAUGUACUUACUCUCCUGAUUACCGGAUUUUAGUUUCAACCGUUAGCAAUACCAUUCUCAACAUAGCCAGUACACUGCCUGUGGAUGCAGCACAGCUUCCUGACAUCCCAGUAGGGACCUGCUGUUGAGAAGAAAAGGGGAACGGGCUGUUCCCAGGAAAUGCUGCACAUGCCCAUUACCAGCAUCUUAGAGAACUAUAACUAUGAAUCUAUGGAUUUUCUUGGAUUUAAUAAUGUAACUUAUAUUUAUCAUAAGGUUGGCUUAUUCCAAAUCAUGUGAUUUCACAUUCUUGAUGUAAAGGAAUGCAUGUAUCGUGUCUUAACCCCUUAAGUGCCUUGAGAUUUUAUUGUCUAAUGAAAAGGCACUCAUUUGACCCCAUAGGAGGUAUGUAUACUGUACAUUCUCAUAGUUUUAUGAAUUUUUAAUAAGUUCACAGUGUAAAAAAACAGCUUCUUAUGUUGAGAGUUAUACAAAGAAGGGUAAGGAAAUUCUGUUCUUACUCAGUGCUUGCUUGUACUUUGCCAUAAAAGCCAGGAUAUCUGUGUUCUGCUGAGAGUGCAUUCUGCUGCUAUGGAAUUGUUCACAAUCUGUACAUUCCUUUACUGAGGAACAGGGGUUAAAGUUCUGCAGCCUACUGAAAAAGAGGGGUUAUUCUUCAAAUUGCACAUUUACUUUAUUCCCUAACUUAAAAAGUGAUGUAACAUGUACAUUAGAGAUCAACAUAUUAACACUCUGAGCUCCAGUUACCAAGUUCAGUGGUUGGGUUUCCUCCUGUCGGAAGCUGAAGUGCUGCCCUCCAGCACUCGUUCCCUUCAUGUCAGGCUGCUGUUCACACUGCUCUUUCUUUUCAGUUUUGUUUUUUGUUGGUUUUCUGUUUUGGUUUAGUUUUUGUUUUUUGGGUUUUUUUUUUUUUUUUUUUCAAGACGAGGUUUCUCUGUGUCACAGCCCUGGCUGUCCUAGAACUCACUCUGUAGCCCAGGCUGGCCUUGAACUUACAGAGAUCUGCCUGCCUCUGCCUCUUGAGUGCUGGGAUUAUGUGCUGCCACCGCCUAGCCACAAUGGUCUUUUGAUUGGAAUUCUUCAGACAAGGAAUUAAAUACUAUUGACUUCUUCUAAAUGUGACCCCAAAAAUAGUAAAAUGCAGGUUUUCUUGUCAUUUUUUGUAUACAGUAAUAUUAGCUAGUUCAUAUAUGAAAAUUAUAAGCCUGUUUAGUGAGGCUUUUGAUUGUCCAUUUUGACUAAAGAUUCAAUUCCCAUUACAGAUGUGUGUAUUUUCCUUGUUGGCUUCAUUUGUUUUUAAAUCUAUGGAGAUAGAGCUUCAAAAUUGCUCAAUUUAAUGUGAGAAUUUGCUCACCUACUCAAAUGUUGUUUUAUAUGGAUAUAGUUAAAAUAGGCACAUUUGCUAGUGGUUUCAGAAUAUUUCUGUAGUCUUAAUAAAACAUAGGUCCCAAUGGUAAAUAGUUUGGACUGCUAUUUAGUUGGGGGAGGAGUGCCAUACAUUUGAAAAUCUUUAGUAAAAUCUAAAUUAUCCAUUCACAUAUUCAGAAUAGGUGUGAACAAAGCGGCAUAUUCAGAAUCCAUAAUAGUAAAAUUCAGAAGUUAAGCUCCUAAACAUUAAUAGCCAGGGUACCAAAUAAAUUGUCUUUCACAAAUAUUUUUUGUCUUAUUUUUUAAAGAAAGACAUAAACAUAAUCUUUAUGUCAAAUGGAAGUUCUCCUAUUCUGAUUUCACAUGCAAGACAAUCUGAGCUAGUCAGUGAAAGGUAGCUUCACUCAAACAUUCCAUUGUCUGCCAGAGGCAAAUGUAAUGGAGGCUAUCAUUUCAAGUUUAAAGGGGAAAUGAAGUUGGAGAUCUGUACAUUGUAGAGCUACUUUAUUUCCUGUACAAAUUGUAGUCUAAAUUUGAAGUGUCUGUCCUUGCCGUAUGGAUAGAAUAUGACAACCAGAGACAGGCAGAGAAAAACUGUGUGGAGGCGAAAGGCAGAGUCAUGUUCACUGGCUCUUUCAUCUGCCGCUUUGUUCACACCUAUGUCGUUAACACUGGUGUUGGCAGUGAGCAUUGCUGGCUUUAAAUUAUUGACAAGUGGAGAAUUCCACUUCAACUUCUGAGAACCGCCCUCUGUCAGCAUUUUAGUGUAAAAACAGCCCUUAGACCAUUUGUUAGGACCUUAAGCUACUAUUACCUUUACAAACUGUUAAUGUGGAUAUGCUAACUAAACUUUCCUAGUUCUCUAACAUAUAACACUGUCCUUUACACCUAAGCAUUUAAUCAGUUUAUUAAUCUUAAUAGAUUUCUAGAAAUAAUGGUAGUUUUCAUACAAGUACUGCUAGACUUCAUACAUACUGAUUUAAUAUUGUGUUAACAAAAAACAAAUUUCUUGAAUCAAACUACUUUUCCAUUUCAGUAGCCACCCUUAGACCCACACCCUGACAAACUCAAGAAAGAAUGCAUUUAUUCUGACAAGUGAAAAAUCAAUAUUGGUGAAUCAGGGGCUUUUGUACAUGCUAAAGAGUAAAUGUGAAUAUUUUCACUCUCCGAGUUCAGACAAUUUUUCUGUGUUUCUUUCCAGUGUUUUAUUGAGCAUCUGGUUUUCAUUAGCAUCGACUAGAUACUCUAUAGUAUCUAGGAGUAUUUGGAGUAGACUUUCGUUCACAAAAGGAAUAGAUUGUGCUUAUAAUCCAUCCAUUCAAAAGUGAGCCCAAGAAAAACUUUUGUGUUACCUACUGAGGUAAAUAACUGGGAAAGGACAAUGAUUGAUCAUUUUGACCUAAGAAUAAAAGUAACGUAUAUGAAAAUUGCACUCAGAGGCAGAGACAGGUGGAUCUCUGUGAGUUUAAGGCCAGCCUGGUCUACAGCCAAGGCUACACUGAAAAACCCUCUCUCGAAAAAUCAACAUCAAAAAAAGACCGUUAUUUGAAGGUUUUGGGUACUACUGUGCAUGCCUUCACAGAAAAACGUCAGUACAUUGGUUUGCAUGUGUGCUUCAUAAAGACGUGUGCACAGACGGAAUGAACUUUUGACCAUGGGGUUGUUUAUAUCUCUUGGCAGGUCUGACCAAGUCUAAGUUGUUAUCUGAGCAAAAAAAUCUCUUGUCUCACUAGAAGUGAUACUACAACUUGAUAUCUAUAAGAAGGUGAAAGAUGUGUGUCCAGUCUCUAUUUCUUUACGAUAGGAAGGACCAGAGGCCCAGCAAUUAAUUUAACAGUAUCUGGUCAUCUUCCAGUUUUCCAAUUCUCAAUCUAGUGUCGCUGUAUUAGACUAGAACUUCAGUAAAUUGUGAAUGUGAUAAAUGCUUAUAAAUUUUAUCUCUUUGUACCUGGGAAGCACGCGCAGUGUCGUCACUUUGAAACUUUGACCCCUUAGAGGUUGAAAGUAGGCUUCAAAAGUGAUGCUCAUUAGGAUGUGGGCCAAGUUUGCUCGUGGUGCCUCCCUACCGGACGGACACGAGCUCUUGUGAAGUAGUUAGCCUGAUACACAUACAGUAAGCCAACUGAACUGCAAGGAGGAAGGCAGCGUUAAAGCACUUCAAACCUAGAACUGAGAUUUAGAACUUAGGUCUACUUACAAAAUAAUUUAUAUUCAUAAUGUGAACAUGUGAUAAAAUUGAAGUGUGGCCUGUUUAUCAGGAAAAGAGAAGGAAACACUAAUUUAUAGCAAUAUGCUAUCUAAUGUCUGUUUUGAAUAGUCUGAUGGUAAAGUUGCCAAAGUAGUUUUGAAUUCAUGUAAGUUGUUUAUACCACAAAUGUGGGAUAUGUUUACAGGCUCUUUGUAGUACUUAUUUUGUAGUUCUGAUGAAUUUGUAUUUAAGUCAUUUAUAAUAAAUAUAUGAUGAUAAAUAUUUGCUGGAAUAAACAUCUCAGUAAUACUGCAAAUCAUACCUAAAUGAUCCCCCAGUCUGCUUUCAUGCAAGGUGCUGCAUCCACAAAGCAAGUACUCUGUGUCGACAUUGCUCACGUCCCACAUGUGCACCAGCCAUCCACCUGCCAUUCCUGGAACAGUCAUUGUGGUGCUUCCUCCAAGUCAAACAGCUGCGUUAGUACACUUCAGUGAUUGAGUUUACCAGACGUGAAAUGACCGCUAUGGUGACAGACACUCACUUGUGUCUCAGUGUGAUCACAAAUUGUAGCAACUUUGUGAAAUUCUUAGAGAAUUAUUAUAGACAUAAAAAGAAAUUUACAGAAUCUUAAAACUUUUUUGAGGGCUAAUUGCUAAGAGAUAAUUUCAUCAAUUUUAAGAAUAUAGGAAAUCAAUCCCAAAAUUCUAUGUUUCAGGUUCUGCUUUUUACCACAAUUCUUAUUUUUCAUGGAUUUUGCUUACUCUUAGUAGCAGUUAUUAUAAUAAACUUCUCUAUGUUGAUAUAAACAACAACCCAUGUAUUCCAGCCCAUAAUUUCAUGCCCUAGGUGAAUUUGUUUGGAGUAGAUACCAUAAGGUUACUUUCUGUUUCCAUAUAUAAAUGUGUUGCUGCUUAUUUUACAUUUUUUCUGCUACGGUAUACUGUUGGUUUCUAAAGCCAUUGUUUAUUUUUUUAGUCCUCCAAAGCUAAAUGGGCAGCCAUUAGUCAUAGCUGUUUGACAGCAAUCCAUCUGUAUUAGCUAGGUAUGGUUCAGUACAUAAACAAGUAAGCCAGUAGUACUUUUAAUUUGCAGAAGGUUGUUAGCAAUAUUGCAAGUUAAAAACUACACUGUUAAGGAAAAGUUCAAACGUUUAGCUUUCUGGAGCCUUGUAAAAUUUCCAGUAUAAGAAUGAAAAAGAAAGCCUUGUUAAGGUCAUAAAAGUUUCAAUUAAACAUUGUAGAGUUUUCCUAUUAUUAUGUAAAUGAUAUACAGAAAAUAUUUUUCUAUGAACAGAAGGUUAAAACUGUUAACUUUAAUUUCAUUGUUUAAAAGGGAUAAAACGAUAUUUGUAUGUCUUUCAUGCUGUAAAGAAAAUGAAUGUAUCUUUCAAAUGUUAGAGUUAUUACUUGAUUCUAAGUAUAUGUGUUUAAAAAGAGAGAGAAAUCUGCAAAAGAGUGAAAAGAGUGUUACAAGUCAUUGUGUAAAAUGCAAUGGUGGAAGAAAUGGAGUUUCGUUAUAAAUGAUCACUGUCAAAGCAUAUAUAGUGUAUAGUGUACAUUCAUUUCACAUUGCUUUGUUUUGACUUCUGAAAUUUUCCUUAAAAAUUGUAUGUACUAUUUUGAGUGUAAAAUAUUUUAAUUCUAUACUUGGGUGUGGAAGAAUGUCUGUGUGUUAGGCUAAGUGUGCUGUUGCAUGUGUCUACCAUGGAGGAAAGUUCCCAAGCUUUGUCAUUGUCGCAGCCACCAAUGGGGGCAUCAUUGUAAGAAUGUGAAGCCAGAAUCCCAUGCCUAAGAGCCACUGCAGUAAUUAUGUGCAGAGGCCUCUGACCCUGCUAGUGAGUUUCCCUUUCUAUCUUCAGUGAUGUGGAUAGUAAGACCACUGGGUCCAACGCUCGUGACUUAUAACAGUAGUAGCUUGUGUGCUUACAAGUUUAUUCAGCUAAGUGAAAACUCUUCACUUUAAACCAGUACUUGUAGGCAUGAUUAAUUAAUUUAGUGAUUGCCAAUCAUUAAACUUUAUGAAAUUGGGAAGUCAUUGUUUUAAUGCUUUCUAAACCUACAUACUAAUUUUAACUCAUCGUGAUGUACCCUGAACAACCAAAAGGUAAUCCAAGGUUAGUGUCAGAUUUCCUCAACCCCAGUGGUUACAAAGUUUGGCACUCUUAACUCUGGUAACUUAGAAGUCACACUGUUAGUAAAGUCGCUGCCAGCGAUCAUCAAGGAAGUAGCUUUCUUCAACCUUCGGCCCAAAUAGUUGCUGCUUUGUGGUUUCCCUAGAUCUACUAUAUGUCAUUACAUCCACUAUUGUCAUAAUUGGGCCUAUUUCACCUUUGUUUUAAUAUUUGUUUUCUGCUUAUAAGUUGCCAUCCUGGGCAAGGAUGUUUCAACCUAAUUCUGUGAUCUCUGGAUUCAUCUUUCCCACUCUUUCAGUGAAUUCGCAAGACACCUCAUUCCUGAAUCCUGUAGAGUAGGUCAAACUUCAGUGCUAAAAUUGAUUUCAAAUAGCACUUUAUUUCAUGCUUACUACUGACUUAAUUUAUACAUUAAAAUAUCUAUCCUAGGCGUUUUGUAAAUACAGAUAAAAAUUGAUUAGUAUUAGAGUUUAUUAGAUUGGCCCCAAGUUUAAAUGCUUUAUAAUGAUCUCUUGAUCUUUGAUAUUUAAGAGGUAACGUAUGUGAUUUUAGCUCUGCGAUUUUUCUGUAAUUUGUGUAAUACAAUAGAGGCUGCCCAGCUGACUGUGUUGCUGGACUCAGUUCUCUCAGCCGAGCUUGGUUUAAUAAAAUUGUUUCUGCUCUGCAUUUUGUGGACAUCACAUGAAUUCUUGGAAAUCCGUUUGUUUUCAGUGUAGUACCUAGAUAUUAAGUGGAUCCUGUACCACAAGUACAUAGUUGAUGUAGAAGACAAAGGGCAGAAUUUAUGACGCUGUAACAGUUUAUAUUAAGCUGUUUUUAUAUUCUGCCAGUACAAUAUAUCUGCUGUAAAAAAUAAAAGUUGCCUACCCCAGUGUUCUCCAGCAUCAGAACAUACCCCUUAUGAACUAUGUUGUAGUCUUUUCAAAUAAGGAAAGCUAGUCCUUGUUUUCUACAGUGUAGGUUUAACUUUAGGACUGAUAGUUUAUACUUAUCAGUACUAUUUUCAAACAGUAGUUUUAAAAUUAUUUCUGUGUAGAGGAUAUUUUAAUUUGGGAACUUUCUUUUCUUGUAAUAGGUGCUAUAUGUAAAUAUGGAGUGAGAAGUUUGCUUGGUUCAAGGUCUACUUUAUUUCCUUACUAAAAUGUUUUUCAUUUCUGUUUCCAUUUCAUGUUUUGUACUGAACUAAUAGCAGAAUGGAAUUAGUCCCUUAAUGUUGUCGACUACCUUUUCUCCCAGUUGUACAAAACUGUCUCCGUAUGCUUGGUCUCGUGAUGAAGGGCAGAGAAGCUAAGAAUGGGAACCGCAAGUGCACAAGCUGGAGUUUGGCCAGCACUGGGUUAUCUGAGAUGCUCACUGUAUACUUGUCACCGCAGCUCACCGUGUGCUUGUCCUCAUUCAAGGAAAGUCAGAAUUCCUGACGUCCGUGGUUUUCAGCAGUCUACACAUGCCAACAGUGAGCAGGAUAAAAUGCUGGUUUGCAUCGAAACUGUUUUAGUCCUAACAUCAGUUUAUGUUAUGUGAAAUAUUUUGUUGGGCAUAUUUCAUUUUGAUUAAGUAGUUGUUCAGAUACAAAUGUGAAAAGGAAAAGAAAAACCUCUAGUUGUUAAUGUUCAAUUGAAAAAUAAAGAUGUGCUUUAGUAAUCUAA